AUGAGAGUGAAGCGUAUCCUGUUAGACACUGGAAGUUCGUCUGACAUAAUGAGCAUGGAGUGCUUCAGCCGCCUAGCCCACGAUCCCAAAACCAUAGAAAGCAUACAUUAUCCCAUCAUUGGUUUUGGAGGAAGUAUCAUACAACCCGUAGGCGUCAUCAACUUGCCGGUUCGAAUUGGAGAUCGAAAAGAUGGACGAAAGAUGGGGGUGGAUUUCCUAAUCGUCAAUGAUUUGACAGCGUACAAUGUCAUUUUGGGACGUCCCACUCCGAACAAAAUUACAGCAGUAGUUGUCACCCAUCUCAUGCUCCUGAAGUUCGUAAGCGACGAUGGGGCGAUAGGGACUAUACAUGGAGACCAACAGCAAGCAAGAGACUGCUACCUCACAACCCUCAAUCAGUCAGCAUGGAAGAAAGAUUUGGCAUAA